AUGCCUACUUAUGCCAAGUUCAUGAAGGACAUCAUUUCGAAGAGGCGUGCCAUCGACACCGACCUGAUUAUUCUAACCGAAACUUGUAGUGUUAUUUUACAGGGUAUGAAGAUCCCAAUGAAGAAGAAAGAUCGAGGAGCGAUCACUAUUCCUUGUACCAUUGGAGAUAGGUCAUUCAAAAAAGAUCUUAUUGAUCUAGGAGCAAGUGUGAGUCUUAUGUCGUUAUCCAUUUACAAGAAGCUUGGUAUAGGGGUUGUGCAAGAUACCAGGAUGACACUCCAAUUCACCGAUCAUUCGGUCAAGAAACCGUAUGGUAUUGUUGAAGAUGUUUUGGUGAAAAUUGACAGGUUUGUAUUCCCAGUGGAUUUCGUAAUUCUAGAAAUGCCUGAAGAUGAAGAGAUCCCUCUCAUCCUUGGGAUACCCUUUUUAGAGACAGGAAGAUGCUUGAUCAACAUAGAAGAAAGGACUAUGACGCUGAAUGUUUAUGAUGAGGAAUUAAAGAUUGAUGUUCGAAACUCCAUGAAGUACAAAUAUGAUAUUUGUACCAGUCAUACUAUAGAGGUUCUGGAUCAAGUGAUGAUGUAUGAAAGUCCUUUGAAUGCACCACAGUUACCUUUGGAGAAAAUGUUGAGUUUAUCCAUUUUUGACAUUGAUAAAGAUGUGGACAAUGGGGAAUUCGAAGUGUUGGCCUUGACGGACGCACAACCCCCAUGGAAAGGAUCUCGACCACACUGGUGGGAAGAUUUACGACUACCUCAAACUAGUGAGGAGGAUAAAAAGCCCAAGAAGGGAAUGAAGUUGAAAUAA